UUGGACAGCUCGGCGCGAGCAGCCAUCCAGGCGUGACGAAUGAUGGUCGGUAAGGGGAGGGAAGUGGCCCCGGGGGAGUGUGGGACGGCUGGACUUCCCUUUCCCGCCUCACUGGCAUCUCUUACUAAACAGGUUUGGUUGCAGUAUUCCUUCCCUGAAUGCUGUCUGUCUGGUGUAGCUUUGGCUGUGUCACUUCUGUAUUAAAAUGCAGUUUAUUGCGGUAUUUAUUAUUUUACUGAUUGUAAGGACCCCACUCAGACCUCGCAUACUGCAAGGCAAAGCGUGCAGCAAAAUCGCAUUUCUUCUCACUCCUCCUCGUUGCCGCAGCAGGACAAAGCCGAAGACCAGUUUUCGUGACGGAAUCAGAACUUUUGCUAACGCGCAUGCGCAAAACGCUUCCGGGACAGGCCCGCCGCCGUGACAGCGUGAUCUCCCUUGAGUCAUUUGUAAGCCGGUCGUUGGUGUCUCCGCACCGCAGGCACUGAGCAGCGAUUGGGUACACUUGGCACUUUGAGAAAUCAGGAUCUGGAAACAGAAAUAUCGAGAGAAGAGCCAUGACAGACUAGAAGGUCUGGACACUGUCGCAGAGGAUGGAAUGUUUGUGUUUCCAUGACUACUUAGUGUGACUGGCGAUCAUAGCUAGGAGCCUGGAUGUUGAGGUUUUCUCAAGUCUGUGUAGACGGAUGAUUGGCAGUUUACACGAUUACUGAUGCUGUUGUACCAGCGGCUGAUAUUCCCACAUACCAGACUUCUUGAAGAAAAAUCUGCCCAGUCACAGACACUGCUCUCUGGACUUCAAGUGGAGAUUGACUAGAGUCUGCUAUCUCCAUCUCCUAACCCAAACCAUGACUCCUCCAUUUUUACUCUUUGCCGUCACAAUAAAGCUUCUUUAUCAACUUACUGUCCAGCAGUGUAACAAUAUGAAGGGCGACACCUACUGCGCUUCUCUCCUCGCCACCGCCGACUACUGCGUCCUGGAUGGAGCUGUGGCGCCGUGCGACUGCGCAAAGGACUGUAAGGCACCCGCAUAUUGCAACGAUGUGAACAACACAGACACGAACUGCGGGUGCAUGGGCUACGCCAAAAAUUGUAAUCUAUCCAAUAUCCUGUCUACGUGCCCACUACGUGCCAGAGACGUAACAUAGUGAUAUGUGACCCACUGGGAGUGAACAUCACGGGUGCUUUUCCCAAGUUCAACAACCAGGUCCCCACCUACAGCUACCCCAAGUACGGCGACGUGGUCACAUACGGGUGCGAGAAGGGCUUCAACCAAACAGGAGGUACCACCAAGGCGCUUCGGCGGGUAUGCUACCUCGACGGACACUGGGUACUCGACCCAAUCCACCAAAGCCCUUUGGUGUGCCAGAGAAUAAGCUGCGGAGCGACACCAAAUGUUACCUUGGCAACGCCUUCUCAGAGCACGGUGUCUUUGGGGACACAGUGACGUACACAUGUGUGACUGGCUACUACAACGCCACACCUGGCAACGGAUCCCGCGUUUGUAAUGUCACUGGUCAGUGGCUCCAGACUAGUGACGACCCGGAUUGCCAAGUUGUGAGCUGUGGGACUCCACCUGUGUUUGCGGGGACGAAAGCGUCCCUGGCGUUGGGUUACUACGGCGACAACCUGACCUUCACCUGUGCCGAUGACCUUGUGCAUGUCGGAGGUGGGACCGGCAGGAUGACGUGUGACGUCACUGGAGUCUGGGAGCUGGACGGCCAUGACACUCCACCGCUGUGUUUGGGGAACUUUCUCAAUUUUGUGAGUUCGCGUGAGGAAGAGCAGACAGCACCUCCACAGGCUCUGACGUCAGCAAGCACGCGCAGCAACCUGGAGUGCGCCGCGGUGUGCGCCCGCGCUUCUAGUUGCUAUGGAUACACAUUUAAUAGGACGUCGAAAGUCUGCGCAAUGAACUUUGUUUCAUACCUUCCGGUCAUAACUGAUAUGAAGAAGAAAUACGCCUGAGUAAUUCGUUGAGUGAAGAGGAGGACGGAGAGGAAAUUGAAUGCACUCUUACUGUUAUGCUGAACGCCAGUCAUCAUUUAAUUGGGAUAAUGGUGACUUAGUUGAUAAUCUGCUAAUACCUGUGCUAGAGACACGUGGCAUUUUGGGAGAGCUAAAAGUAAACUCCCCAUAAAAGCAUAACGAGGAUAUUCUGAUACCGAUUAUUAUUAUUUGUUGUUUUUAGUGAUCAAAAUCAAACUGAAUAUUAUAAAAUAUGAAACAAUAUGUGGUUUAUGUGAAGAAGAACUGGAGUUGAUUCAACUGAAGUGAUAUAAAGGCGUGUGGCGUCAACUCACCCACCCAUCUCUAACUGGAAAUUUUGCUGAAAAGGGAGGUAACAACUUAUUACCUCCUAUUUCAACAGAACUUUUGAAGCAAAACGAGAACCUGAAAAAUGCACAUUAAAGAAAUGAAAUAAAAUUUAAGUAAUUUAAGUCAUGUAUUUUUGAUCUGUAUUUGUUGCUCAAAAAAGCUGAUGAAUA